AUGCCCUCCUCCUACGUCAUCGCCGCCAUUUUGGCCCCCCCUAGCUCCCUCAGUCCGCCUCAGGCCCUCAGUCCUCCCUCAGUCCUCCUCAGUCCUCCUCAGUCUCGCAGUCCUCCUCAGUCCUCUCAGUCUCUCAUCCUCCUCAGUCCUCCUCAUCCCCUCUGUCCUCCUUAUCUCUCAGUCUCUCAGUCCUCCCUCAGUCUCUCAUCCUCCUCAGUCCCUCAAUCCUCCUCAGUCCUCCUCAGUCCUACAGUCCUCCUCAUCCCCUCAGUCCCCUCAGUCCCCCUCAGUCCCCUCAGUUGCCCCUCAUCCUCCUCAGUCCCUCAGUCCUCCCUCAGUCCCUCACCUCAGUUCCCUCAGUCCCCUCAAUCCUCCUCAGGCCCUCAGUCCCUCAGUCCUCCUCAGUCUCUCAGUCCUCCUCAGUCCUCCUCAGUCUCUCAUCCUCCUCAGUCUCACAGUCUCUCAGUCCUCCUCAGUCCGCCCAGUCCAUCAGUCCUCCUCAGUCCCUCAGUCCCUCAGUCCCUCAGUCCUCCUCAGUCCCUCAGUCCUCCUCAAGUCCCUCCUCAGGUCCCCUCAGACCCUCCUCUUCCCUCAGUCCCCGCAGUCCCUCCUCAGUCCUCCUCAGUCCCUCAUCCUCCUCAUCCCUCAGCUCCUCCUAGUCCUCCUCAGUCCCUCAGCCCUCCUCAGAUCCCUCAGUCCUCCUCAUUACCUCCUCAGUCCCUCAGUCCCCUAGUCUCCAGUCCUUCUCAGUCCUCCUCAGUCUCUCAGUCCUCCUCAGCCUCCUCAGUCCCUCAGUCCUCCCUCAUACCCUCAGUCCCUCCUCAUCCUCCUCAGUCCCUCCUCAGUCUCUCAGUCCUCCUCAGUCCCUCAUCCUCCUCAGUCCUCCUCAGUCUCUCAGUCCUCCCUCAGUCCGCCUCCUCAGUCUCUCAGUCCUCCUCAGUCCUCCUCAGUCCCCUCUCUCCCUUAGUCCUCCUCAGUCCUCCUCAGUCCUCCUCCAGUCCUCCUCAGUUCCCUCUGUCCCUCAUUCCCUCGUCGUCCUCCUCAGUCCCCUCAGUCCCUCAGUCCUCCUCAGUCCCUCAUCCUCCUCAGUCCCUCAGUCCUCUCAGUCCUUUCUCAGAUCCCCCCAGUCCCUCCUCAGUCCCUCUCCAUGUCCCCCCCUCCUAUCCUCAGUCCUCCCCAUUUCCCUCAGUCCCUCAUCCUCUCAGUCCCACAGUCCUCCUCAUCCUCCUCACUCUCAGUCUCUCAGUCCUCCUCAGUCCCUCAGUCCUCCCAGUCCUCCUCAUUCCCUCAGUCCCCAGUCCCUCAGUCCCUCAUCUCUCAUCCCACCUCAUCUCUGCAGUCCUCCUCAGCCUCCUCAGUCCCCUCAGUCCUCCUCAGUCCUCCUCAGCUCCGUCAGACUCUCAGUCCUCGCUCAUCCCUCAUCCUCCCAGUCCCCUCAGUCCCCUCAGUCUCUCAGUCCUCCUCAGCUCUCAGUCCUCCUCAGUCCCUCGCCCGGUGGCCUCGCUCCUCAACAGUCACUUUCACUACGGCUUCAACUCUGAGCAUCUGCAGAAGGUCGUCUCGUUCUGGAGGAAGGACUUCGACUGGAAGAAGCAAGUGGAGAAGAUCAACCAGUACUGUCACUUUAAAACCAACAUCGAAGGUCUUGAUGUCCACUACGUGCACGUGAAGCCUCAGAUGGUCCCAGAGGGCACCAGGGUCCUGCCUCUCCUCAUGGUCCACGGCUGGCCCGGAUCCUUCUAUGAGUUCUACGGGCUCCUCCCGCUCCUGACCCGGCCCACACAGGCUCAGGACUUUGUGUUCGAGGUGGUGUGUCCCUCCAUUCCUGGGUUUGGGUUUUCUGAGGCCCCCCAUCGGACAGGGUUCGACUCGGUCUGUGCCGCUCGCAUCUUCCACAAACUCAUGAAGCGUUUGGGUUCCAGUCCCUUCUACGCUCAGGGCGGAGACUGGGGCUGGUUAGUCACCACCAACAUGGCCCAGCUGCAGCCGCGGACGGUGAAAGGUUUGCAUUUGAACUUCGCUCCUCCAUCCAAGCCCGGGCUGUGGGUCGUUCUGUCCGUGAUCCUGGGACAGUACUUCCCAAAACUGUUCGGGUUCAGCCCCGUGGACCUGGAGCGUCUGUUUCCUGCGGCUCAGAAGCAACUGAUGGAACCUCUGCUGGAAUCUGGAUACAUGCACAUCCAGGCCACCAAGCCCGACACCGUGGGCCGGGCGCUCAGUGACUCCCCCGUGGGCCUGGCCGCCUACAUCCUGGAGAAGUUCUCUACGUGGACAGACAAUGAGUUCAGAAACCUGCAGGACGGAGGUCUCACCAGAAAGUUCUUGCUGGACGACCUUCUCACUAACGUCAUGAUCUACUGGACCAGCGGCUGCAUCACCUCCUCCAUGAGGUUCUACAAAGAGAACUUUAACCAGGGCCUGAACAAGCCCCAUGCCAGGAUCCCGGUGCUGGUUCCCACUGGUUUUGCCUGUUUCCCCAACGAGCUCAUGCACACUCCGGAGACGUGGGUGAAGCAGAAGUACCAGCGGCUCCUGAGCUACACGCCCAUGCCCAGGGGGGGGCACUUUGCUGCAAUGGAAGAGCCUCAACUGAUGGCAGACGACAUCAUCCAAUGGACUCAGACUCAGACCGUCAGGUGCUCUGCUCUGCUUCACACCAACAUCCACUUCAUCAAAGUAAAACUGCUCCAGGUUCAAGGCCACAGAGAUCCGGAGCCAGCGCCGAAGAUGAAUCCUCUGGAAGCCCUGAUGUCAGUGCAGCAGAGGCUCGGCUGUCGCCCCGGCAUGGAUCCACCGAGAGCGGACAGCAGCAGCAGCAGCAGCAGCAGCAGUAACAGCAGUAACAGCAGGAGUAACAACAGCAGUAACAGCAGCAGUAACAGCAGGAGCAGUCAGGCCCAGCGCUCCAAGACCAGGGCUCCUCUCGGCUCAGUGCCUCUGCCUCGGGUCCAGAGAAGUCAACACUCUCCUGAAAAUGCAGCUCGUGAAAGAAGCAGAGUUAGGAACCUGCGUCAGGCCUUUCACAGGCUGCAGGCCGCUCUGCCCGCUGUGCCCCCGGACACUAAACUCUCUAAACUCGACGUUCUUCUUUUGGCCACAAACUACAUCUCUGCUUUGUCCGAGACUCUGGACCGAGAGGGGACUAGAACCGAACUCCACCUGUCCUCACGCCACGGGGGCCACCUGCACCCGGUGAAGAAGUGGCCCAUGCGCUCCCUGCUCUACUGUGGCAGUGUGGGGGCCCGACUGCAGAAGGACCCAGGGGGGGCCACAGGGGGGGCCCCUGGAUCAGACACAGACUGA